GAAUUUUGAAGAUUUUAUACCUCUCAAUCGACAACCGCAAAAACUUUCGACAACCACCACAUACAACCCCCUCAAUACCGUAAUCAUGGGUCGCGUUCGUACCAAGACUGUUAAGAAGUCCGCCAAGGUCAUUAUCGAGAGAUAUUACCCAAAGUUGACUCUCGAUUUCGAGACCAACAAGAGAAUCUGUGAUGAGAUCGCCAUCAUUGCUUCCAAGAGACUCCGCAACAAGAUUGCCGGUUACACCACCCAUUUGAUGAAGCGUAUUCAACGUGGACCAGUCCGUGGUAUCUCCUUCAAGCUCCAAGAAGAGGAGAGAGAACGUAAGGAUCAAUACGUUCCAGAGGUUUCUGCUCUCGAUGUUUCCAGCACUGAGAGCGGACAACUCGAGGUUGAUGUCGAGACAAAGGACCUCCUCAAGUCCCUUGGUUUCGAUUCUAUCCCAUGCAACGUCACCCCAGUCACUCAAGCACAAACCACCGAGCGUGGACCAAGACGAUUCGGCGACAGACCUGCCCGCAGAGAAUAAAUUUAUGGAUUUACAAAGGGUAUGGGGGAUUUUAUUGGGAAGCACAUGGAUCUGAUGGCUACUGGCGUAUAAAGGACGGACAGGAAGUGUAUACAGAUCAAUGUGAGAGAAUUCCUCCCAAAACCAGGUGUCGCCCGUGAUUCUCUCUUUAUGAGAGAUGAGGCUUGAUUGCCAUCCUUCGGGAAAACCUUUCGCUUUCUGUGAAUUUGAUGAUCUUCUAAUGAUGUAUGCUGUGAGCUCGACGCAUGCGGCCGACAUAUGAACAGACUAAUAAGGUACGGCCUCUCGAUGGAACUUUUCUCUGAAGUGCAUUUCUCGACAAGUCUAUGCAGAAUUGGCCCUAACA